AUGGUGGCUUCUGAAUUCCUCUCACGGCUUUUCCAGCGCACACCCCGUCGCCAGCGCCAGCGCCAGCAACAACAGCAGCGAGAGGAGCGCCCUGAGCAAACAGCAACACCAACAACUCGAGCACCACGAGGAGACCCGUCAGUACGCAUCAACCCAGUGGGGUACACGGCUCGCGCCACGUUCGAUUCCCCAGGACUGAAAGACUCGACAUGUAAAGUCAACGGUUCGCCACACGACCGUUACUACCUGCCCACGCUCCCACAGGAGUAUCGCAGUCUACUCGCAUCUAUUUGCGAGGGUUCUGAUCAGGACACUAAAGACCAAGAACAGCACCAAGCCCCCAACCAACAAGCAAAGUUAAAUCCCCAAGAACAGAGCCCUCUCUUCACCAAGCUGCCCCCUGAAGUCCGGUACAUCAUCUACCUGCAUGCCUUUGGGGGUCGCCGGAUUCAUAUGGAUUACGACUACGGGCCGCAGCUGUACAAAUAUAGUCGAUGGAGCUGGUGGCAUCGCGUCUGCGACGAUGAUGCCGUCUGCCCCGUGAAGGAAUUUGUUUGUCCGGAAACUGCGCCUGCGGAGGGCGCGAUGCUCCAGCUUGGAUCGAGCUCUUGGGUUAAAGACGGGUUUGAGUAUCGGAUCGAUGCGGUGAAUUGGUUGCGGUGUUGUAAGAUUGGAUAUCAAGAGUCUCUCCCGAUUCUAUACAGCUCCAACACAUUCGUCCUCAGCCAGGGGAUCGACCAGCCACACCGGGUGACGAGGUUAAUGCCGCGCGACCACCUGGCGCUUUUAACGUCCCUUUGUGUUGAAAUCGACGUGUACAAAAUCUGCAGGCGCGCGCCGCCGAAUAUGGACGCGGACUUUCGGGACUACUAUCAUGGGCUUUUUCACUUGAUUCGCCAGCGUCUGCCUAAUCUGCGUGGGCUGUCGCUUUCGAUAGCGGGUAUACCGAGUCCGCCGAGGACAGGGGUUGAGUGGUCUGACGAGGGGGAGGGGAUGUGGGUUGGACCGUGGGAGGAGUUGAGUCGGAGUAGGAGGUGGAAGAGGUUGGAGAUUGCGGUUCCGGCGCGUUGGGUUGAGGAGUUUGAGGGGGUUGGGAGGCGGAGGGAUAUGAAUUAUGGGGAGAAGAGGUAUGAUCUGGUACAAGGGCUGGAAUCGUUUCAGAAGGGGUGGUAG